CUCUUUAAGCCCCGGCGCGCGACACAGAGCAGGCAUUCAGAGCGCGAGCGAGGGGGCUGAACCACGGACCGAUCUCGCGCUGGGCGGGCGACCUGCGACCAGUGCAGUUUAUCAGCAGAUCUACUUCCUGAGGAAGACAGCGGAUGGAUUCAUUCUGACAGAACCGAGCGUGUAUGACAAGAAAUGUGUUAAAGUUUCACUGGAUGACUUAUAAUAACACUUGACCUAUAGGCAAUUGUUUUCCAGAAAAUACAAUAGUUUUUAGAGAAUAAAACAGAGGUCGUGUUUGGGAAAAAACUAGACCCACCGAAGACCCCUGCGUCCGCAGAGCGAGAGCACGAUGUCGGCGGAGGAGCACAGUAUGUCGGAGGUGGAGAUGAGCCCCGGGGUCUCGGACGACGGCCACUCCAUGUCUCCCGGUCACUCUUCAGGAGCCCCAGGGGGCCCGGACUCCCCUCUCCCCGGGCAGCCGCCUCAGAUCCCGGGCGUCGGGGAUGAUGGAGCCGGAGUCUCCGGUGUCUCGGUGAAGUCCGAUGAAGAAGACGACCGGUUCCCCAUCGGCAUCCGCGAGGCGGUCAGUCAGGUGCUCAACGGCUACGACUGGACGCUCGUGCCCAUGCCCGUGCGCGUGAACUCGGGUAGCAAGAGCAAGCCGCACGUGAAGCGGCCGAUGAACGCGUUCAUGGUGUGGGCGCAGGCCGCGCGCAGGAAGCUGGCGGAUCAGUACCCGCACCUGCACAACGCCGAGCUCAGCAAAACACUCGGCAAACUCUGGAGGCUGCUGAACGAGACGGAUAAGCGGCCGUUCAUCGAGGAGGCCGAGCGCUUGAGGAAGCAGCAUAAGAAGGACUAUCCCGAGUACAAAUACCAGCCUCGUCGACGCAAGAACGGCAAGCCGGGGUCGAGCUCUGAGGGCGACGGUCACUCCGAGGGCGAGGUCAGCCACAGCCAAUCACAUUACAAGAGCUUGCACCUGGAGGUGGCCCACGCCGGGGUCACGGGCUCCCCACUGGCCGACGGACACCACCCGCACGCCACAGGUCAGAGUCACAGCCCCCCGACACCCCCUACGACCCCGAAGACGGAGCUGCAGGGCGGGAAACCUGGCGAGGGGAAGCGCGAGGGCGGAGGCUCCCGGGGCGGUUUGGGGGCGGGACCAGAUGGAAGCUCCGCCUCCUCGUCCGCUGCCGGCGGCGGCAAACCGCACAUCGACUUCGGCAACGUGGACAUCGGUGAGAUCAGCCACGACGUGAUGGCCAACAUGGAGCCGUUCGAUGUGAACGAGUUCGACCAGUACCUGCCGCCGAACGGGCACCCGCAGGCGGCGAGCGCGGGGUCUUCGGCAUCACCGUACGCGUACGGCAUCUCUAGCGCUCUAGCGGCCGCUAGCGGUCACUCCACCGCAUGGCUCUCCAAACAACAGCUGCCGUCCCAGCAGCACUUGGGCUCGGAUGGAGGGAAAACGCAGAUUAAGAGCGAGACGCACUUCGCUAGCGAUGCCGCCACGGCUAGCGGUUCGCACGUAACGUACACUCCUCUUAGCCUGCCGCACUACAGCUCUGCCUUUCCCUCGCUGGCUUCGCGUGCGCAGUUCGCGGAGUACGCGGAGCACCAGGCGUCCGGCUCGUACUACGCCCACUCCAGCCAGACCUCGGGCCUGUACUCCGCCUUCUCCUACAUGGGCCCCUCGCAGAGGCCCCUGUACACCGCCAUCCCCGACCCCGGAUCCGUGCCGCAGUCGCACAGCCCGACUCACUGGGAGCAGCCCGUCUACACCACACUAUCCCGACCAUGACGCGCGUUACGGAGGUGACGCGACGCUCUCGUUUCAUUUCCAGUCACCGAAGGUCCAAACUAAAGUGUGUAUGUGACCGAAAAUCAUCAAAACACUCGC